AGUUAGGUCCUUCUCGAAUCUCUGCCACUUCGGCUAGGGUUUUCAGAGCCCCCAUCUCUCUCUCUCAAUCUAUCUAUUUCCGUUAUCAUUUCUAAGUUAUUGUUGUAUUCAAAUUAUCAGAUCCAUUAAUGGAGUUUAAUAAUAACUAGGGUUUCGUGGUUGCUCGCUGUCUUCACAAAGUUGAGAGCUUUAUCUCUCUGUAUCUAUAUAUCGAAUAACAAAUGGCAACCACAAACCCAUUUGAUCUUCUCGGUGACGACGACAACGACGACGUCAAUCAGCUCAUCCAGAAGCUCCCGCCGCCUCAGAAGUCUCCAGCUCCGCCUCAAGCCGCCGCUGCUCAGCCGGCUAAGCAGGCGAAGCUGCCCUCCAAGCCCCUCCCUCCAGCUCAGUCUGUGAGGGAGGCCAGGAGUGAAGCUCCUCGUGGAGACCGUGGUAGGGGACGUGGAUUUGGGCGUGGACGUGGUAGAGGUGGUUUCGAUCGUGAUUCUGGUAGAGGUGGUUUCGAUCGUGAUUCUGUUAGAGGUGGUUUCGAUCGUGAUUCUGGUAGAGGUGGUUUUGAUCGUGAUUCUGGUAGAGGUGGUUUCGAUCGUGAUUCUGGUAGAGGUGGUUUUGAUCGAGAUUCAGUCAAUAAUGAGAAUCCAUUUGGCAACAGCAAUGGUUAUUCUAAAGGGUACAGACCACUUGAGGAGGGAGAUGCUGGGAAAUCUUCCGAAAAACGUGGGUAUGAUAGGCCUCGCGGUGGUUACCGUGGUGGCCGCCGUGGUGGUUUCAGCAAUGGAGAAGUUGUAGAAGGAGAACGCCCACGGAGGGCGUUUGAACGUCAUAGUGGGACCGGACGUGGGAAUGAAAUCAAACGCGAGGGUGCUGGCCGUGGAAACUGGGGAACUCCAACUGAUGAGAUUUCUCCGGAGACUGAAGAACCUGUUAAUGAAAAUGAGAAGACUGUGGAUGCUGAGAAACAAUUGGGAAAGGAAGAUGCUGAAGAUGCCAAUAAGGAGAAUCCAGUGAAUGAGCCAGAGGAGAAGGAGCCUGAGGAGAAGGAGAUGACUCUGGAAGAGUAUGAGAAGGUACUUGAAGAGAAGAGGAAGGCUCUGUCUGCGCUAAAGGCUGAGGAAAGGAAGGUUGACUUGGACAAAGAAUUUGAAUCCAUGCAAUUGCUUUCAAGCAAGAAGAGCGACGAUGAGAUCUUUGUUAAAUUGGGUUCUGAGAAGGAUAAACGUAGAGAGGCUGCUGAAAAAGAAGAGAGAGCCAAAAAGUCUGUCAGCAUAAAUGAGUUUCUGAAGCCUGCUGAAGGGGAAAGGUACUACAGCCCCGGCGGUCGUGGCCGGGGACGUGGCCGGGGUCCAAGAGGAGGAGGAUUCAGUGGGAGAAACAUGGUGAACAAUGUGGCGGCCCCAUCCAUUGAGGAUGUUGGCCAGUUCCCUUCACUGGGUGCUAAGUGAGUCUCCACCUCCUGCCUCUCUCAGCCCCUUUGGUUUCUCUUUUGUUGGGAAAUAUGACUGACCCUUGAGGGCUCAUCAGAGGCAGGAUAUUCACAGGUCCAUUGUGUUCUGUACCAAAUUGUCUUAAAACUUACAUGCAGUUAAAGAGUGUAAAUUUAAGAUGUUUUCUGUGGGUUUGUGCCCAUAGUUUCAUCUUGAUGUUGAAUUUUCAUGGAUACUCUUUCAUCGAACAAAUUUAGUGUUAGGGGCUAUUUUUAUAUCUCGGAUUAUCUUGUGGGGUCAUUUUUGUUUUGGAUAUUGAUAUAUUGUUAAGAACUGUUGUCUCUUUUCAGA